AACUGCACCGUCAGUCAUUACGAGGAAGGAAUACAGCAUAAUAUAAGUUUUCAAAGAAACUACAAGAACCCCAGCUCAACCAGAUAAGGAAAGAAGCUCAAGGUCUGAAAGAGGGACCACAAAGGCGGUAUCGUACAUUUGAAGCGAGUCUGGGCCGACGACGCCGCGUCUUGGCUUCUUGGCUUAUGAUCCGACAUUCUUCCCUCAGAGCAGGAGCCUGAAUGCCGCCACCAUUUCUGAACUUCUAUCAUCAUAUCUCAAGCCGAAUAUCUUCAAACAUAAUAUUUUCUUUUGACAAAUAUUUAAUCCUUUCAAAAUGCCCCUCACCGUACUCUCCGGUCCCGAUGUUAAUUUGCUGCUGAGGUCGCUCUCUCGCGAUGAUAUUACUCAGAUGCAACAUUCCCUCGCGGAAGCAUUACAUGCAUAUUCAACAGCUACCCAGGAAGAUGGCUGCUGCGCGAUGCAUCAGCCCCCACGAACCUCGAUCAGUCUAAAGCCUGGCACAACAACGUUGUUCAUGCCUGCAACUACCUCGCAUAUUACUGGCAUGAAGAUCGUAACACUCGCCGAAUGUAAUCGCCAUGCCGAUGCCGAUGCCGUCGAAGCAGCGCCGUCUACUUCUCUUCCCCUUCGCCCCUCCGAGAGCAAUUCUUCGUCAUCUCCUUCUAUGUCGUCAUCGUCUCCAUCCGUGUCUUUUGCUCUGAACUCGUCGCCAUCCGCCUCCUUUUCCUCUGACUCUCGCAGCACCGUGUCUACUACGAGCACGAAGCGAACCAGCUCCUCUUCUCCAGGGUCCUCAAUCCGCAAAGCUUCUAGUGGAGAGUCUGCUAGUGGCCGGGGAAAAGCAUCAACCUCUUCCAAACUUCCCUUUGGAACGGGCGCAACCUCGCCUCGAGGCUCCGUCACGCUUCUUGAUAACACCGGUGCACCAGUCGGUAUCAUUAAUGCGGAAGAAUUGACAGCGUUUCGCACCGCAUUGGCAGCUACCAUGCUUUUUACCAGAAGGAGGCACGUUGAGACCCUAACAGUUUUUGGCGCUGGUCGCCAGGCAUAUUGGCAUAUUCGGCUGUCUCUCCUUUUGCGUGGGAGUGAAAUCAAGCGGGUCAACAUCAUCACCCGGUCAUUCGAACACGCGCAACCGCUCCUCACCGAGUUCUAUUCAACAGACCAGCAUGACUGGCGAUCAGGAACAAAGUUCAGUCUCCUCUCGGCCGAAUACGGCGAGUAUGGUCGCCUUCUCAAAGAAGAAGUCCGCAAGGCCGAUGUUAUUUUCUGCUGCACGCCGUCCACCAACCCGUUAUUUCCACCAGAGUACCUUACCAGCUCCGAAGGGCGCAAGAAGGGCCGAUACAUCAGUGCAAUUGGAAGCUACAAGCCUAACAUGUGCGAAUUGCACCCUGACAUUCUUCGCCAAGCUACUGCUCCGCCGCACUCGCGCCACCACCAUAAGCAUGCUUCGCAAGGAGGCGUCAUUGUCGUUGAUAGUUUGGACGCAUGUCUCCGAGAUGCUGGCGAGGUCAUCCAGGCAGAGCUUGGUCCAGAACAGCUCGUUGAAGUCGGUGAACUGGUGAUGCUCAAACGAAUGACUAUGAGGGAACUUGAACGUGAUACUCAGCCUACUCCACAUGAUCCGCCGUCUUCUUCAUCCAAGGACAAGCAUCACGGUCGAAGUUCAAGCGAUGGUGGCUUGCUCAACUGGCUCGUCAACGGCAACGUCAUCUACAAGAGCGUUGGAAUGGGAUUGAUGGACCUGGUCGUUGGCGCUGAUCUCGUCAACAUUGCCAAUGAGAGAGGCGUAGGAACUUGCAUAGAUGACUUUUGAGGUCAGACUUGUUGACAGUAAUCUUUAUCCUUUUCCUUUAUUCAUCUUUACCGUGCUCUGCUGUACAGCAUGGUGAAAUGGGAAUUUCUCUUUUUUUCCUAGUCCAGAUUCAUGUUGAUACCACAUUCACAGAAUACUACUUUAUCCCAGAAAUAUUGGGGGUCUUUCUAUUUGUAUAAAUAACUUUUACAUGAUUAAUAUAUGUCUCCUUCCAUAUG